AUGGACACCUCAAACUCUCCUCCUCUAACAAGCGAAACCACACCUCUGGUCCCAGCACGGGCCUCGAAAAAGCCUAAAACACCCCUUCCAAAACUCCAGAUAGGCAUACUUAUGACAUUGCAACUUGUUGAACCUCUCGCUUCGAUGUCCAUAUUUCCGUAUAUCAAUCAGCUUAUCAGAGAACUUGGCAUCACUGGAGGUGACGAUGCCGCUGUAGGAUAUUAUGCUGGAAUAAUUGAAUCUCUGUUUUUCGUCGCACAAGCACUAACAGUGCUGAGAUGGAGUCGGUUGUCGGACCGUAUCGGACGCAAGCCAGUGUUACUAGUGGGACUAUCAGGAACUUGCAUCUCGAUGCUAUGUUUCGGUCUCUCGACGACAUUCUGGGGCCUUGUCAUUAGCCGCUGCAUGUGCGGCAUACUGAACGGCAAUGUUUCAGUCAUGAAGACUAUGGUGGGCGAAUUGACGGACUCUACAAAUAUGGCUCAGGGAUUUGCCUUGAUUCCGAUCAUGUGGUGCAUUGGAGGCUUUAUCGGUCCUUUAAUAGGCGGAACGUUCGCGCGUCCCCAGGAUAACUGGCCCAGAUUAUUCGCUCAUCCAUUUUGGAGCAAAUACCCAUAUUUUCUACCUUGUGCAGUGUCUGCUUGUGGGCUUGUCCUGGGCUUUUUCGUCCUGUUAUUUUUCUUAGAAGAGACAUUAUCAACCAAGCGCCGACCAAAGUUGACAGCUACUCUAGGUAUUUCAAAUGGUGCCAACAGUGGUAAUCGAGAAAGCCUUUCACAAACAUCUAACAUGCCCGUGCGAUCUCUGCUCACACCUACCAUCGUCAUUCCAAUUGCAAACUACGCCUUGCUCGCCUUGCUUGACAUUGCUCUCAUGGCUCUUUUGCCACUGUUCUUUUCUACGCCCACCUAUCUUGGCGGCCUUGGUUUUACUCCUUCUCAUAUUGGCUUGUGGAUGGCAAUGUUUGCAAUGGCGGAUGGUAUCUUCCAGGCACUGUUCUUUGCCAAAAUUGUCAAUUGGAUUGGUCCAAAGCGUCUCUUCUGUGUGUCCGUGUCGUGCUUCACGCCAGUUAUGCUCAUGUUUCCGAUCAUGUCGUGGCUUGUACACACAAGUGGGAUGGUUGAUCAUGCAAUUGCAUUUGUAUUGAUUAGCCAACUAGCGCUGACGAUUAUAUGGGAUAUGGCAUACGGGACUGUGUUCAUGUUUAUCACGGCCUCCGCACCUACAAAAAAUGUCCUUGGCGCUGUCAAUGGUCUUGGUCAAACCUCCGCGUCCAUGGCUCGUGUCAUUGGGCCCGCAUUUGCGACUUCGCUCUUUGCAUUCUCAAAGGAACACAAUAUUCUCAACGGGAAUGCGGUCUAUGUUGUCUUGAUUAUGCUGGCUGGUGUAUUGAGGUGGCUAGGGUCACGAUUGCCAGAUGAAAUACAAGACAGGGAUGAGUGA